AAUCACAGAGCACAAUACACGACCAGCCCGAGCCGCGGUGGAUUGGAGUGGAGCAGCCCGGACUCGGUCAAGCCCUGCACAAAGGAAACGCCCCUCUGCUGACGUCACUGGUCAUGUGAGAGCGACACGGAAGCUGGUGAGCGGCGGAGAUGAGCGUUUCUCUGGACAUCCGACUGAAGCGGGCGAAUAAAGUCUAUCAUGAGGGGGAGCGUCUGUGCGGGCUGCUGGUGGUGGUCAGCAGGGACCCGCUCCAGCAUCAGGGGGUGUCUCUCAGUCUGGAGGGGCUCGUCAACCUGCAGCUCAGCGCGAAGAGCGUCGGUGUGUUCGAGGCCUUCUACAACUCAGUCAAGCCCAUCCAGCUGGUGUCCAGCACUAUGGAGGUGGCCAAGCCGGGGAAGGUUCCGGCGGGCAGGACUGAGAUCCCCUUCGAGUUCCCUCUGCAGGCCAAAGGGAACAAGCAGCUGUACGAGACCUACCACGGCGUGUUCGUCAACAUCCAGUACACACUCCGCUGUGACAUCAGACGCUCACUGCUGGCCAAAGACCUCAGCAAGAGCUGCGAGUUCAUGGUGCACUGUCAGCCACAGAAGGCCAAGCUGCAGCCUAACCCUGUGGACUUCAGCAUCACACCAGAGACUCUGCAGAACAUCCGAGAGCGGGCGUCUCUGCCGCGGUUCCUGAUCCGGGGUCAUCUGGACGCCACCUGCUGCUCCAUCACGCGUCCACUGAGCGGAGAGCUGGUGGUGGAGAACUCAGAGGUGCCCAUCAAGAGCAUCGAGCUGCAGCUGGUGCGGGUGGAGACCUGCGGCUGUGCAGAGGGCUACGCCAGAGAUGCCACAGAGAUCCAGAAUAUCCAGAUAGCGGAGGGUGACGUGUGUCACGGACUCUCCAUCCCCAUCUACAUGGUGUUCCCCAGACUCUUCACCUGCCCCACGCUCGAGACCACCAACUUCAAAGUGGAGUUCGAGGUCAACAUCGUGAUCGUCCUCCAUGAUGAUCAUCUGAUCACAGAAAACUUCCCUCUGAAGCUGCUGCGCCUCUGAUGCGGAUCCUUCAUCUGCUGGGUCAGGAGUCUUCAUCACUGUCGAGUCCUCUAAUACUGUGUGUCGGAGCUUCUUCAGUAUUUUAGUCUGUGUCUGCGGCUCAACACUUAGAAAAGCAUUACUGAUCUCUGGUUCCUCAACCCAAACCCUCAGUGUACUCACCCUGUAGAGCUGCAGGAGGAUCAGCGCGACUCUCCUGACGGGAUCUGUUCACCACAGCAGCAGCAGCAGCAGCAGCUAACCCUGAGCUGAAGAUCAACACUCAUCACAGAUUAAUCAGUGUGUGAUGAUUAACACUGCAGUUAGAGUGUGUGUUGCUCUGGCAGAAAUAAAAGUGUGUGUGUGUUUCAUAA